UCAGUGGCUACUUAUCGUUGUACAAAACUGUUUACGCUCAGUCGCUAUUAAUCAUUUCCUGCUGUAGGAAGUGUUUACAAUAAUACCCGUUCAAGUCUAUUGGUGAAAAUAAGAUUCGGUGUUGGCUACUCGAGGCAUCUAAUUUUGAAUAAUUUAAGGAUAAAUCAUUCUAACGAAGCAAUGGAAAGCAAAAAGGACUUAGUUAGCGUUGAAGAGGAGCAUCGUGACAAUUGGGAAGAUGUAGCCGACGUGAGUGUUAAUCCGGGGUUCUUGGUGAAAACUGAAAACUCUGAAGAAUCAUCGUCGAAUGAGUCAUCAGAUGAAAUUUCGAUCGAAUUGGAGACCGAAAAUGUAAAACUUGAACCUAAGCCCUCAUUGACGACCAUCUGCCAAGCUACUGUAAAGGAGGAAAAUCCGGGGUUCUCGGUGAAAACUGAAAACUCUGAAGAAUCAUCUUCGAAUGAGUCAUCGGAUGAAAUUUCGAUCGAAUUGGAGACCGAAAAUGUAAAACUUGAACCUAAGCCCUCAUUGACGACCAUCUGCCAAGUUACUGUAAAGGAGGAAAAUCCGGGGUUCUCGGUGAAAACUGAAAAAUCUGGUGAAUCAUCGACGAGUGAAUUAUCGGCAAAUCCCAAUAAUGACUCUAUGGUGAAAGAGGAGCCUCGUGACAAUUGCGAAGAUGUAGCCGACGUGAGCGUCGAUCUGGGGUUCUCGGUGAAAACUGAAAACUCUGAUGAGUCAUCGUCGAAUGAAUCUUCGGCAAAUCCCACCAAUGACUGUAUUUCGUCGCAGCAGAAGAAAGAUGAGGAUAUUUUGAUAGAUUGUGAGAGCUCAUUGGUGAAACUUGAACCUAAGCCCUCAUUGACGACCAUGUACCAAGCUACGAUUGUAAAGGAAGAAAAUCCAGCAAAAGAUUUUAAUAGAAAGAAGCUUACAAUUUUAAUAAAAAAAGGAUUCAGUUACGAUAGUAAUCGUAAAUUUACCGGAGAAGAAGCGACUUCAACAAGCCAAAUGAAAACCACACACAAGGGCAUUGGACCACUUGAAUGUGAAAUUUGUCAUAAAUCGUUUAAAUAUCCAAGUAAACUUAAAAGCCACGUUAAUGAAGUACAUGAUAAAAAAAAACCUUUUCAGUGUGAUAUUUGCCAUGAAUCAUUUGCACGAAAAGAUAAUCUCAAAAUUCACAUCAGUAUAGUCCAUGAACGCAGCAAACCUUUUGAGUGUCAGUUUUGUCACAAAGCAUUUGGACUAAAAAGUGACCUUAAAAGACAUAUAAGUGUAGUACAUAAUCGGAGCAAACCCUUUGAGUGUGAGAUUUGUAAUGAAUCAUUUGGACAAAAAGUUACUCUUAAAUAUCACAUCAGUAUAGUCCACGAAUGCAGAAAACUUUUUGAGUGUCAGUUUUGUCACAAAGCAUUUGGACUAAAAAGUGUCCUUAAAAGACAUAUAAGUGCAGUACAUAAUCAGAGCAAGCCCUUCGAGUGUGAUAUUUGUCACAAAUCAUUUGGACGAAAAAGUCACCUCGCAAUUCAUAUUCAGGCAGUACACCUUCGGAGUAAAUCCUUUGAGUGUGAUAUUUGUCAUAAAUCAUUUGCACGAAAAGAUGGUCUCAAAAAGCACGUAAGUAAAGUCCACGAACGCAGCAAACCUUUUGAGUGUCAGUUUUGUCACGAAGCAUUUGUACUAAAAAGUGACCUUAAAAUACAUAUAAGUGCAGUACAUAAUCAGAGCAAACCUUUUGAGUGUGAGUUUUGUCACAAAGCAUUUGGACUAAAAAGUGACCUUAAAAGACAUAUAAGUGCAAUACAUAAUCGGAGCAAACCCUUCGAGUGUGACAUUUGUCACAAAUCAUUUGGACGGAAUAGUAGUCUCAAGAAACACAUCAAUACAGUACAUCUUCGGAGUUAACCCUUAGAGUGUGACAUUUGUCACAAAUCAUUUGGAUACAAGCACGUACUGAAAAAUCACGAAAAAGCAGUACAUCUAAAAGAAUGAGAAAUUUGUCAUAAACCAUUUGGAUAUCGAAGUCACCUCAAAUCUCACAUAAAUGCAGUACAUAAUGCUAAUCUUAGAAAUAUGAAAUUGAUUUAAAAUUUGUGAUUAAACGGUUUAUAGGCUAUGUAAUUUCAGACAAACAUUGUCAUGAUCAAUAAAGCUUUUGAAACGGUUA